AUGACGGCUAGUAAUAAUAUCAUUGAUCCCGUAGUGGUAUAUGCCGACGAGGAGGAACUUCCUCAUCCUAUUGCCCAGACUAAAACGGCCACUACCAUUCGAUCCACUGCCGAAACUAUUAGACGUAAAAUCACUACUAGAGAAGGUAUUCUUGGUGAUUUUGACUAUGCAUAUUUAUUUACUCCCCGAAUCCCUUUCUACACAUCGAUGAAGGAGAGACAGAGCUCCGAGCCUACCAGAUCGAGUACGGUAUUCUUUGGCUUGAACUCGUCUAUUCCACUUUUAUUGGGUAUUGUUCUUGGUUUACAGCACUGUUUGGCAAUGUUGGCUGGUAUCAUUACCCCACCUAUUAUUAUCUCCUCGAUGGCUAACCUUACCACUGAGGACUCUGAAUAUUUAGUUUCUGCUUCUUUGAUUGCAUGUGGCUUUCUUUCCAUGGUCCAGAUUAUUCGAUUCCGAAUCUUGAAAACAAAGUAUUAUAUUGGUACAGGUUUACUGUCUGUAGUCGGUACUUCAUUUAGUACUAUUUCUGUUGUCAGUACUGCAUUCCCUCAAUUUUACAAAAACGGAUUCUGUCCUAGUGAUGCCAACGGCAAGCCAUUACCUUGUCCCGAUGCAUAUGGCGCUCUACUUGGAACUUGUGCUGUAUGUGGAUUAAUCGAGGUUCUUCUUUCUUUCUGUCCUCCUAAGAUUCUUCAAAAGAUUUUCCCUCCACUUGUGACUGGUCCAGUUGUUUUGCUUAUUGGAACCAGUCUUGUUCAAAGUGGAUUCCAGGACUGGGUUGGUGGUUCUGGAUGCGCUACUCCUGGUACUAUCUGUCCUUCUCCUGGUGCUCCACACGCACUUCCAUGGGGAUCUGCUCAAUUUAUUGGACUCGGAUUCCUCGCCUUUGUUUGUAUUGUCUUGUGUGAGAAGUGGGGCUCUCCUUUCAUGAAGAGUUGUUCUAUUGUUAUCUCGCUCAUUAUUGGAUGUAUUGUUGCUGCUGCCUGUGGAUACUUUGACCGUUCCACUAUCGAUGCUGCUCCCGUUGCCAAUUUCAUGUGGGUCAAGACUUUCAGGCUCUCGGUCGCUGGUAACAUGGUAUUGCCGGUGCUGUCUGUGUAUAUUGUGUGUAUGAUGGAGACUAUUGGUGAUGUUACCGCUACUUCAGAUGUUAGUCGUCAGCCCGUUGAAGGUGAUCUUUACGACUCUCGUAUCCAAGGAGGUGUUCUUGCCGAUGGUUUGAAUUCCAUUAUUGCUGCUCUUAUGACCAUCACCCCCAUGUCGACCUUUGCCCAGAACAACGGUGUUAUUUCCCUGACUCAAUGUGCUAACCGUGUUGCUGGUCUUUGGGCCUGUUUCUUCCUCAUCAUCAUGGGCAUCUUCUCCAAGUUUGCUGGAGCUAUUGUGGCCAUCCCCAAGCCGGUUCUUGGUGGUGUCACCACUUUCCUUUUCUCCAGUGUGGCUGUUUCUGGUAUCAAGAUUAUCUCAUCAAUUCCUUUCACACGAAGAGACAGAUUCGUGCUCACUGCUUCGCUCAUGUUCGGCUUUGCUGCCUUGUUGGUGCCCAAUUGGUUCUCUCAAGUCUUCACUUAUCAAGGAGAUAACAACAGACUCAAGGGACUUCUUGACGCUGUCAUCAUUUUCAUGGAGACUCCAUAUUCCAUUGCUGGAUUUGUGGGUGUCAUUGUUAACCUGGUCAUCCGCCAGGAAUUCGAUGUGGCCACCUCCAUUGAAGAUCUCGACGGCACUGAGAACGUCCACCUGCCAGGCGCCGAGACUGAAAAAUAA